CUAGGGAAGUAUUGCACCUAUUAACUAAAUGUAAAUCACCUACGGUCGCAGCACAUGCGGCACAAGAGUACUCGGAAGUAAAUGAACUCUAUAAUAUCUAUGUUGGAAUAAAUGACACGGUGACGUUUCAAAUUGUUCCAAGCAAAGCCGAUCUCCAGGUAUUAGUUCCCGGAGGUCGUACAGUUUUUGAUUCGGCAAAAUACAUACCACCGGCGCCAGCUUUUGGGCCUGGGGUAAAUAGGACUAACAAGUCAGAAUCAGGAGACAUAUUAGGAGGUCAUUAUUAUUAA